GAUGGAGAGUGCAGAGUGGAAGAGAAGGAUAUUAAACGCGCCGGAUUAAAGAUCACCCAACCACGAGUCAAAAUUCUCGACUUAUUGAGCAGUUCCCACGAGCAUCACCUCAGUGCCGAAGAUAUUUACAAAUCACUGCUCGGCAAUGGAGAGGAAAUCGGCCUCGCCACCGUGUACCGCGUGCUGACCCAGUUUGAAGCGGCAGGCUUAGUGCAUCGCCACCAUUUUGAAGGCGGUCAAGCCGUGUUUGAACUAGCAACCGAGGAACACCACGAUCACAUGGUCUGCAUGAAAACAGGUAAAGUGUUGGAAUUCCAUGAUGAAAUCAUCGAAGAGCGUCAACGUGAAAUCGCACGUCUGCAUAACUUCCGCAUUAAAGAUCAUUCUUUGAUCCUCUAC